AAAACCAACAACAAAAAAACCCCCAUGGCUUCAGGCUGUUAAAUACCUAAAACAGAACAAAAUGGAACAUCAACAACAACAAAAUAAGGCACGUUGGAUAAGCUCUAAUAGUAAAGCAUUGCAAGUAAGUGUCUUUUGCUCUAGAAGGAGGGUCACUGGCUUUCAUCGAAUCUCAGAGAAGGCCAAGAUUGUCAGAUAGUGAGUCUGCCAUUUGAGAGCUUGGGAUUAUGUCCUGCAUGUGUUCUUUUUUUUCUUUUUUGCCUUAAUGCUAAAAACAGAAAAUUGAGCUUGUGUACUACAGGAUUUUUGGGGUGACACCAGGAACUACGUUGUAGUGGUAGAGAGGUGCACGGGGCAGAAUUGUGUGUGAUAGCAUAAGAAAGCAAAACAGAGCAGAGUGCAUAAUUUUGCUUCACAUUACUCAGUUAUACAAUUUUAAUAGCUAGUUAGAGAAACAGAAAUUUGUAAGGGAAGACAGAAGGCCCAGCAGAGAGAAAUCUGCUGUGGACUGUACUUAGUGUCUGUUUGUGUGCUAGGCAGAUCAAUACUGCUUCCGGAUAGAGACCAUUUAACAGCCAUACUUUCAUCCCCUUGAGGAAUCUGGGGAAACUGUCAGACCAGGAUAUAUACAGCAAACACUCCUAAAUGCACCCUCUGUUCACCAGGGCAGGCGAACAUCUUGUCCACAGCAAUACACAAAGGGGGCCAGAGUCUCGUUUGCAUUCCCUUUUGGAGCAAGAAAUCAAUCAGAUUUGCAUAUAGGAAAAUGUGUGGAACUGUCUUUGGCAGCUUCCAUAGCUACUCAGCCUGGCUGGAAGAGGAGCUGACCUCUUGUGCAAAGUCCUCUCCUCCUGUCCUCCCUGGUUUCCCAGCUCUUCUCCCUGAGGCCCUCUUGCUCUUUGUGGGAAAGCGUCUGGGCCCCUGGCUUAUUUGUUCAGAAUCAGGCAGAGACAGGGUGGGUACUGGGGAAGUCUUGAGAAGCAGGGCUGCAGAUCAGCUUGCCUCCUUUUCUGCCUAGGGCUUGCCAGGCACCUGCCACACUGCUCUCUAGGGAGCCAAAUAUGCAGAGGGUCUCCUCCCUGUGACACCAGGCUGGUGCUGGGCCGGGCAAGGUCCAGGCUAAUCAUUGCCUACUUCCUGGGGCAUGAGGAGAGAUGGAGCUGGUUCCAUCAGCCUCAUGCCCUAGCUCAUUAAAGCUGUCUUUGUUCACUGAGAGCCAGAUCACUGGUGUUUAGGGGAAGCAAAAAGCCAGAAAGCAUUGAUCUUUGGGGGAGAGGGAGUAGGAUCAAGGAUCUUAGUAGUUGCCACAAGAUGUUUUGAGCUGUUUUGAUCAUGAUGACUGGUAUUCACCCCUGACUGACAUCCCUUUGGGCAGGAACGAGCCAGGCCUUGAAGCCUGGGGUGAGUCACUGUCCUCAGCCAUGGGCAGAGUCACUGUCCAUGGGGCUGCUUGACAAAGCCCAAUAGUGCCUCAGUAUAAGCCUUGAUGCCCUGAUUCUGGGGAGCUUUGGGGAGGGUUUGGGGCUAUGGGCAGAAUUGUGUUCCAGAUGUGCUGAAACACUGAAAAGUAGGUACCUGGCAGGCAUGUCUUUCUCCCACCAUCUCCCUCCAUUCCUUGUUGGAGAGAGGGUCUACCUCACUGGGAGCCUGACCUUCUAGCGGGAGCUGUGGCGCUUUGGGAAAAGUACCCUGCACUCACUCUCUUGGUCCUUCUCAGCUGAGGGACUGCUGCCAACAGGAAGCAUGUGUCUGCUGAAUAUGUCUGGCAGGCAGCUCCUGUUUCCAUGGUUACUAAACAGGGAAAGUUAGUAUUAGGGCUGCCCAAGGAAAAACUGGCAUUGAGGGCAGUGCUUAUGCAGGGGUCUUCCUCUGGCUUGCUUUAACCCUCUUUUUGAAUUAGGGGGUGAGCAACAUUUGACCUGAGCUAAUGGAGGUUUCCUUCAAGGACCUACCUGGCUUCCCAGCCCUGGCUUUAAUCACAGCUGUUCCCUCGGUACCGCCGGUGCUGAGGGGCAUGCCUUCCAGGCAGCCAGAGAGGGGUAGUGGUGCUCACCCUUCCAGACCUUUUCCAGAGCUCAGAGCUGCCUGACUGGGCCCCUCCCUUCCUCAGUCCCUGGGAGUUCCUUAGAAAUGCCCUCCCCUGUCCCCAAAGGGGCAUGGUGUUUAGAAAGCCCUGCAUCCAAAUUUGAUGAGUCCCCAAUUCCAUGCACCAGAUUAUUAGAAAGUGGCCCACUGCCCCAGGUCACAGCCCUUUCAUGGGUCUGUGUAACAGGUUUAAUUAUAGGACAUUUAAAAAUCUAUUUGUGUUUCUAUGUGAUCAGAUACCAGGUUCUGCAGUCUGAGGUUGGAGUCCCUAGCCCUUUGUUCUCUGCUGAGUGGCAUAUUGGUCUAGUCCUCUAUUUCUUUGUAACCAGAAUAAUCAUUGUGGGGAGAAUGGAAGGAAUUGAUCAGUGUAAAUAGGUGAUGUUUUAAAGCUUAACAAGGCAGUGAAGGACACUUUGAGAGUUUAUGCAAUUGUCAUCUUUAGUUAGAAAAACAACACGUUAUUUUAGUCUCUCUCCUUGACCGUUUCAGGAGAAAAUUGAUUAAAACCUUUGAGUGCUGCUUCAGAAAUUAUUUUUGGUGUGGAAUAAAAAUAAAAGUGCUUAGAAAACAGUUACCUAAUAAGAUUAGUCCAUUAUUUAAUCCUGGUGGAACAAAUUCUUUGGGUAUUUUGGAGAUAUUUCUUAGAAUAAACAGAGAAAUCCUCAGGUAACCAGGGCUGUGAUUCCACAGUGGCCUAAGUGUCUUUGGUUUUGUUUUUACCCUGGCUCUGGAGCACUUUAUUUGUAAUUCUGUGUGAUUUACAUGUCUGAGUUAUUUGCAUAUUACUUUCAGGAAUGCAUUGCAUUCAUGAUUUCUGGGGGAAGGGUGCCUGGGCUUCAAAAGCUCUUGGCUGAUUGAUCUCACUGGAUUUCUGUGCAGGAUUUCAGGCACUGCUCCCCUCCCUUUUCCCCGGCCUGGGAUGGUACCUUUCUAGCCUCUUGGGGAGGUUUUUAGCUUGAAGGAAUUGCUAUUUUCUCUCAAAGGAGAAUACCAGGUAAAAAUGGCCACCUCUGUGGUGGCUCAAGGCCUGAUUGAUGAGUCAUGACCACAGCACUGCUGGGACCUGGCCUGGCUGCUCACAUGCACUUACCCUUUGAACCCCAUCUAACAGAAAGGAGGGCAAGCCAGAAAACACUUCCUCACAGGUGCAGUGCUGAACCUUGGAGGACAGUAGAGACCCACUGACCAGACAGUUUUCAAGAGCUCUUUCAGCUCAGAAAACCCUUCUGAGUUCUGCCACCCUUGGUGCUUCCUUCUAGGUUCUCUGGUGGACUUUCUGUGGCCUGGGAGCCCUUAGGGCUUUAGACCAGACCUCCAGAGUCAGAGAGGAGAAGGAGUGAGGGAGGAAAGCAGCUGAAGGAGCAGAAAGGAAGUCAUCGCCCACGCUUGGGCCUGUGGUGUUAGAACCUCACUUAGCAGCUCCAUCCCCAUAUCUACACAUUGGUUAGGCCAGGCCCUUGCCCUUGCAUGGGCUCUCCAUACCUGCUCACUGGGCACAGAACAAACAAUUUCCUAUUUUUGCAAGCAGACUUGGCCUAGUCCAAAAGCCGAGUCUCUUGAGGAUUUGAUGCUAAUUCCAUUGGAUAUUUCUCAUACCUCCCUCACGCCCCAUCUGAUAUUGUUCCUUUCUGGACUGAAUAGGUUUUGUUUCUUCCUCAUUACAAGUUUCUACCUGUGUGAAGUUUUAGAAAGCUUCAGGACACAUUCCAGUUUUGAGUGGCCCAAGCCACAAAAAGUUAGUAUUUGGAGCAGUAGGAUAGGAGAGGAAGAGCGACAGGCAGAAACCUGGAUUUGAUUUUAAAAAACAAAAAAGAUUCGUGGAGCAGCCACUAUAACUGGAAUGAAAGAGGAAAAGCAAUUAGUUUUCCCUAAAGGUUAUGCAGCUCUUGGUAGGGGUAGAGGACUCACAUUGCAGGGAACCCAGGAGGGCCUUGCCUGGCUGUGUUGGAUGCGAGGUUUGUGUGCAGGAUCCAGGUUACGCAAAGUGGGUAAUCAGAGUGGUGACGAGUAAUUAAAGUGAAGGAUUUAAAGGAGGGCGUAGGACAAACAGUUGAGUCAGGAGGAGGUACAUAGUCCCCAUCCUCCCAACAGGUUGCACAGCCAGGUGGGAGGGCAUAAGGCACUCUGGGUGUUUGCUGACAGACUUGCUAAUUAAACCCAAAAGGCAAUAUUGCUUUGCCAAUAGUGAUGGCUGUGCCAACGUUAUCAGCUGCAAACUGGCUGCCAGGAGCAUCUUAAUUAAAAAUAAACAGCUCUAGAGGUGGGCUUGGGAGAGUGAAGACAGGGAUCCUGCCUGGGUUACUUAGGACAUCUAGGAUUGCUCCUAGGGAAAGUCACUUUGAGGCCACCUCCUUUUCUCAAAGGAGCCUCUGUUCAUGACAAGGUGGUGUGAUAUGUACAACUUGCCCUGCUUCCUUAAACCCCUGGGUGCUGAAGUGACAAGCAAACAGAACCACUAGGAGCAGGUUGCAUGGUACAGUUCAGCCUCAGAAGAAAAUACUGGGGGGCAAGAAGACGGACGCUAAUGAUUUCUGCCUGGUCUCUAAAUUGAGGGGACAGCUAAAGCCUAAGGCCUCUUCUAAGAGGGGUUAGAAUUUCAUCAGAAAGCAAGUCUGGUCACAUGAGAAUUUCUGGCACUGUGUGCAUGGCAGGCUGGACACCAGCCUGCGAGAAUUGAGCGAGUGGAUCGUAUUGGCUUUAGCAGAGGGGAAAAGUCCCAGACUAGCCCGGGAGAAGGAGCCGACUCACUCCCCUGCCUGCCGACUUCCCCGACUUCCAGGCAGAAGCAGCACAGCUGCUGUGGUGGGCUAGGGCUUUUACAUCUGAAACCCCUUUUAUUUUGACCCUAAAGAAAGUGUGUGGUUCCCGGGACUGAAGACUGAAAGAUGCCUAAGGAAUGCAAUGCUUUCCACGCCCUCUCGGCAGCUCUGUGCUGCUUCUAUCACCGCAAGUCUUUCAUUGGAGUCAAGUUCUCCAAGGAGAGGCACAUGAUGGACAGGACCCCCGAGAGGCUGAAGAAGGAGCUGGAGGAGGAGCUGCUGCUGAGCAGCGAGGACCUGCGCAGCCAUGCCUGGUACCACGGCCGCAUUCCCCGACAGGUGUCUGAAAACCUUGUGCAGCGAGAUGGCGACUUCCUAGUUCGUGACUCUCUGUCCAGCCCUGGGAACUUUGUCCUAACCUGUCAGUGGAAGAACCUCGCUCAGCACUUCAAAAUCAACCGGACAAUUCUGCGGCUCAGUGAGGCGUACAGCCGUGUGCAGUACCAGUUUGAGAUGGAGAGCUUCGACUCCAUCCCCGGCCUGGUGCGUUGCUAUGUGGGCAACCGCCGGCCCAUCUCCCAGCAGAGUGGCGCCAUCAUCUUCCAGCCCAUCAACAGGACGGUGCCCCUGCGGUGCCUGGAAGAGCGUUAUGGUACCUCCCCAGGCCGGGCCCGGGAGGGCAGCCUCACCGAGGGACAGCCGGAUGUGGCCAAGCGGCUGAGCCUUACCACGGGUGGCGUCCAGACCCGAGAGCAGAAUUUGCCCAGGGGAAACCUCCUCAGAAAUAAAGAAAAGAGUGGUAGCCAGCCAGCCUGUCUGGAUCACAUGCAGGACAGAAGAGCCUUGUCCCUCAAAGCCCACCAGUCAGAGAGCUACCUGCCGAUUGGCUGCAAGCUGCCACCUCAGUCCUCAGCUGUGGACACAAGCCCCUGCCCAAACUCACCCGUGUUCAGGACAGGAAGCGAGCCUGCCCUGAGCCCAGCAGUGGUUCGGAGGGUCUCCUCAGACGCCAGGGCUGGGGAGGCACUGAGGGGAUCAGACAGCCAGCUGUGCCCUAAGCCACCCCCUAAGCCCUGCAAGGUGCCCCUCCUCAAGGCUCCCUCACCUCCUCCCGCCUGGCUCAACUCAGAGGCCAACUACUGUGAACUGAACCCAGCAUUUGCCACAGGCUGCGGCAGGGCAGCCAAGCUUCCCUUAUGUGCCCAGGGCAGCCGCACAGAACUGCUCACAACCAAGCGGAAUGGGGCGCCAGGUCCCCGGAACUCUGGCAUCAACUACUUGAUCCUUGAUGGUGAUGACAGGGAAAACCCUUGGGAACCUGUGGCAGGUCAGAUGGAGGAGGGGCAGUGGGACAAGGGCGAGUUUGUGACACCCCUCCUGGAGACUGUCUCCUCCUUCAGGCCCAAUGACUUUGAAUCAAAGCUCCUUCCCCCUGAGAAUAAGCCCCUGGAAGCAGCAAUGCUGAAACGUGCAAAAGAAGUGUUCACCAACAGUGACCCCAAGAUCAUCGCCCAGCACAUACUGAGCAUGGACUGCAAGGUUGCUAGGAUACUUGAAGUCUCUGAAGAGACGAAGAGGAACAUGGGGGUGAGCUCAGGCCUGGAACUCAUUACCUUGCCUCACGGACACCAGCUGCGCCUGGACAUAAUUGAAAGACACAACACGAUGGCCAUGGGCAUUGCAGUGGACAUUCUGGGCUGCACGGGCACUCUGGAUGACCGAGCAGCCACUCUCAGUAAGAUCAUCCAGGUGGCGGUGGAACUGAAGGAUUCCAUGGGGGACCUCUAUUCCUUCUCAGCUCUCAUGAAGGCCCUGGAAAUGCCACAGAUCACAAGGUUAGAAAAGACGUGGACUGCCCUGCGGCACCAGUACACCCAAACUGCUAUCCUCUAUGAGAAACAGCUAAAGCCCUUCAGCAAAAUCCUGCAUGAAGGCAGAGAGUCCACAUGUGUUCCCCCAAGCAAUGUAUCAGUCCCACUGCUGAUGCCCCUUGUGACCUUAAUGGAGCGUCAGGCUGUCACUUUUGAAGGAACUGACAUGUGGGAAAAAAACGACCAAAGCUGUGAAAUCAUGCUGAACCAUUUGGCAACGGCACGAUUCAUGGCCCAGGCUGCGGACAGCUACCGGAUGAACGCUGAGAGGAACCUGGCAGGUUUUCAACCAGAUGAAGAAAUGAAUGAAAUCUGCAAGACUGAAUUCCAAAUGCGAUUGCUAUGGGGCAGCAAAGGUGCACAAGUCAAUCAGAUAGAGAGAUAUGAGAAAUUCAACCAGAUUUUAACUGCCCUCUCACGUAAAUUGGAACCUCCUCCUGUGAAGCAGGCAGAGCUUUGAUAACUCUCCAGAGAAUCUUUAGAAUAUCUUCCAAGUUUCCCCAGCUUCUUCUUUGGGAAAGCUAAAUUUGAUAAAGUAAUAAUGUACAAACCUGACAAUAUACAAGCUUUUAGUAUCCACAGGAUAUUAAACGUGUAAAUUGCACAGAGCACGCUUAUUUAUGAAUUGUCUAAAAUUACUACUGAUUUUAAAAAAUAAUUUAUUAUUAAGGUAACUACUGCUAAUGUUGAUCAGCACAUUCAAGAAAAGACCUAGCUAUGUUGGCUGGUUGCUUUCUAUUAUCAUGGUAUUUGACGAUUUUAGUUUUAAUUCCAUGUCAGAUAAGUGUAAAUAGAAGUUUAAAAGCAUGAAACAUUUCAGAAGGUAUCAGUUAUAUGAUAUUCUUUAAACAGGAAAAAUGUAAAUAGUCAUGAAUGAAAAUAUAUCUUUUUGUGAAA